AUGAGUAGUGCAAAACAUAUCAAGGGUGUCUGCAGUCCCCUUCAAGUAUUUCUAUGUCAAUGCAGGUAUAGAAAAGCACGCAUUGUCUUUCCAUUGCUUCUUCCAGUGUUAUUUGGUAUCGCAUCACUACAUCCAAUUGCUACUGUGCUUACUCUUCUUUUAUGUUUGGUCGUAUGUUUCAAUAUCGUUAUUGUAGUCGCUCCACCUACAUGUCCCUUAGAAGAUACAUUCCUUUUCUACAGAUCGUCUGAUAGCUAUGACGGGUUUCUAAGUGAUACUAAUGUGAUUUACAAAUGUUCGGUUACUACUCUUUUGUUAUGGUAUUUCACAAUGCUUAUACCUGUAAAUUUGGAGAAUAAGCUACUCUAUAGAGAAAUAAUAAUGUACAAUAUCCUCGUUGUAGUUUGCUUACAUCUUGUGCAAAUUAUACGAAAUAUACAUACACGCAGUCUUCACAAUACAAUCCUGUCAAAUUCCCGAUAUCUUGGAAAUAAACCAGAGAAAAAUGGAAGUAAGCUCACUGUAUUUGGGUUAUGGAAACACACUGUAUGUAUAUUUCGUGAUACUAAUAAACAAAAUUUCGAAGGAGAUUGGUAUUUUUCGUGUAUGAAUAUAUUUGUCAGCAAGUCUAAUCGUGCUUGGUCCAUCGUUUUACUGACUGUUUGUGUUACGCUCACUUUCUACUCUACUAAUUUAGCCCUCACAUCUGUGUGCACACCAAAAAUAUACUUCGAUUGGUUUUUACUUCCACACGAUUGCACCUUCAUUUAUGAUGUUUAUAGCAGAGCCUGGGUAUUUGUAACAGGAUUAUUUUGGUUAAUGACAUCUGUUAUACCUAUAAGUUUUCUUUUCCAUGAACUUGCUGUCUAUAUACGGCGCCGUUCAAAAAACUGGUAG